ACUUUUUUUCUCGUCAAGAUGGUUCUCGCGGUCGACCUCCUCAACCCUACGCCUCAGGCCGAGGCCCGUAAGCACAAGCUCAAGCAACUUGUGCCUGCCCCCCGUUCCUUCUUCAUGGACGUCAAGUGCCCCGGCUGCUUCACCAUCACCACCGUCUUCUCUCACGCCCAGACCGUCGUUGUGUGCGCCGGCUGCUCCACCGUCCUCUGCCAGCCCACCGGUGGCAAGGCCAGACUCACCGAGGGAUGCUCUUUCCGCAGGAAGUAAAUGUCACGACGGCAAACGGAGUUGGAGUGAUGACGAUUGCAACGUGGCGUUCUUCGAUGAUGAUGGAUUAAUAUUAUAUUUUUGAGAAAGCAGAUUCAGAUAGAAGAUGGAAUCCUCGCCCCUUGCGAGAAACCCCAACCACCACCUCAUGGGCAAUGAGAAAAAAAAAUUUCUACCUCACAUCCUACCGUUCAAUACCAAAAAGCGUUUUCUUCACAUGGAGGGGAGUUCCGGAUAUCUGGCACACAUGAUCGGUCCAUACUCUAUCAAAUUCUCGCCUUU